AUGGACGAGAAGUUCUAUUUGGCCGAUGCUGGAUAUGCCACUAGGCCAGGCAUAUUACCGCCCUACCGUGGAGUUCGCUAUCACCUAAAAGAGUUUCACGGAGCUCAAGACCCAAAAUGUCCAAAAGAGCUUUUCAAUCACCGUCAUUCCCAACUUAGGACAACAGUUGAACGAGCAUUUGGUGCCCUCAAGAAUCGCUUCAAGAUUCUUAGCAACAAGCCAUUCAUACCCUUGAAGUCAAAGGCCAAGGUGGUCAUUGCCUGCUGUGCCCUUCAUAAUUGGAUACUAGACGAUGGACCUGAUGAGUUCAUAUAUGAUGAGCCAACUUGCAUGGGUAAGGAAAAGAAAGAUGGGAAUGCAGAUGCUGGAUCUCGUCAGAAGUGCAAAACAUGGACUGAUGACAGCACCGAGUUCAUGCUUCAGUGGUAUAUUGACUACCUGAAGGAAAAACCUGCUACCUCUACGUGGAAGCAACACCACCACCAUAUGUGCGCAGAAGCUUUAAAUGCUAGAUUUGGACUUGGAGCUACGACACAACAAGUUGAUCGCCAUUUUAGGACAUUCAAGGAGAAGUGGAAUUGGAUAAAAGUAGCUAUGGACAAGAGUGGCUAUGGUUUUGAUGCAGGAUCAUGCAAGUUCAAUAUUCACUAUUCAGAGAAAUCACCUUCCAAGCUCGGGACUCCAAGAUUAUUGGGCUCACUUGUUAAUAACUAUUGCAGACUGGAAAAUACAACUAUCUUACGACCUAAUAAAAUUUUCCAUCUUAUGGAAGAGCUAUUUGGAGAAUCUACCAAAGCUAAUGGAUCCUUGAUUGUUGACCAAAGAUCGUGGAGUGAUGAAGUAUAUACUCCUGAACAUGCUGAGAAUGAUUCAGACACUAUUGCUCCUAGAUGCCCACCACUUGUAGGCUCUAGUUUUAGCAUUAAACGAAAGAAUAAGAAGUCGCCUUGGAAGAAGCAUGUAAAGGAUAAAGCAAAACGUGCUAGAGCAACAGGGGAUGAUGAAAUAGCUGCAAGUAUUGCCAUGCUUGCCAAAUCCAUUGCAUCAAGUUGCCCUGCAACUACAGAUCCGUAUGCUGAUCUUUGGAAGCGUAUUGAGGAUAUACCUUUCCCACCGAGGGCAGACCAGUCAUUUGGAACCUGGGUCACUGAUUACCUUGGUGUCAAGUAUCGUGUUACUGGUGUGGAUAAUGGUGAGUAUGGUAGCUCCAUGUGA